AUGGCUUCCUCUCCUUUGAAUGUCCAACCUCCUUUCCAUGCUCGCUCAAACAGCUUGCUUUCAAGGCAACACCCCAUCACUUCACAAAUUGAUGAAAAUCUGCACCGAUUGAGGGCGUCACAGUCGGCCUCUACAUCUUCAUCAAUAGCACAUCAACUGAACUGUCUUCAAGAAUUGUAUGACUCUGUUGAUAUGUUGCUUCAAUUGCCCCUUUCUCAACAAGCUCUAGUUCAAGAGCAGCAAAGGAAAUGGGUUGAAGAACUUUUGGAUGGAUCUCUCAUGCUUCUUGAUGUAUGCGGAACUGCUAAAGAUGUCAUGUUGCAAACAAAGGAAUGCACACAAAAACUUCAAUCGAUUUUGCGUCGAAGAAGAGUUGAAGGGCUUGCUAAUGAGGUUAGGAAGUACUUAACCUCUAGGAAGGCAGUAAGAAAGGCAAUCUGCAAGGCCUUGAAGAACUUGAAACAUAUGGAGAAUAAACUUAGCUGCUCUUCCUUCAACAAAGAUAGUGAGAGCGGAGCCAUGAUUAACAACUUAAAACAAGUAGAAGCAGCAACUGCCAGAUUGCUAGAAUCCUUGUUGUCCUUUAUUUCAGGGCCAGAAACAGAUUCGAAAUCAAGCCGAUGGUCACUAGUUUCGAAGACAAUGCACCAGAAAAGAGUAAUGUGCGAGCAAGAAGAACAAAAAACAAAUGGAACUGCAAACGCCGAAGCUACAUUGCGUUCAUUCAUUAAAUCCGGAAAGACGAAGCAUGUUGAGAAUUUGCAGAAUGAGCUACAAAACUCAGAGAUGUGCAUCCAAGAUCUUGAUGAAGGUCUUGAAAGCUUCUUCAGAAGGUUGAUCAAAGCUAGAGUCACCGUUCUCAACAUCCUCAACUGUUGA